AUGACCCAUCCAUCGACCAUGUGGAGCAUCUCUGCAUGGUUGGAGGUGGCCAGUGAAAUAGCAACCUUUGAUCAAGUAGUUCGUCAACUAAACCGUAAUGAACUCGAAUGGGACCGAGUGGAUGAAGCACCUUAUCAUGUGGUUACUCGAGCUAGAAGUAUGCUCGCUUCUUGGAAGAAAGCCCAGCUGAAGCUGUUAGAUUCAGAUACAGGCAACAAUGCUUCUGCAGAUAGUCAAUGGUUUCCGCCACCUACGGGCACUUUUAAAAUGAACUUUGAUGCCGCUCUUCUCCCCUCUGCCAGCCAUGGAGCUGUCGGUGCUGUACUCUCAAAUUGCCAUGGCGGGUUUGUAUCAGCAGCAACGUCUUCAAUGCAUGGUUGCUCUUCUCCAGUAGUAGCAGAAGCUCAGGCAUUAAGAAAGGUAUUAUCCUGGGUGCUGUCGGGACACCCUACUUUGACGAUUCAGGUUGAGACCAAUCGUCUUCAAGUCUAUCAUGCUAUGAGAAGUUCUGUCCACGACUGGUCCGAGUUUGGUGUUGUUAUCUCCGAAUGUAAACUACUCAUAGUCCAAUUGUCUAAUGUCACCUUGGCUUGGAUUGGAAGACAAGCAAAUGAUAUAGCUCAUGUGUUGGCUAAAUCUGUCCCUAGUGGAGCUUGUUUUCAAACUUGGGAUAGUGUUCCCGCUUAUAUCACUCGUUUCUUCUCUUAUUAA